AGGCUAAACCAUCGUAUUGUGUUCUGCAUUUGAAAGUGCUGGGAGAGGAGGAAAACCUUUUUGUUGGUGCUUCCUUGAGCAGGCUCCUGCAGCGUCCCCUGCCCUUUAUAGUGCCUCCAGGGUCAAGAUGCCCCACAGUCAGCACAUGGACCAUAAAAUGAAUGGCUCAGCAACGCCCACCCCAGAUCCUCAUGCACACCAUCAUACCACAGCAUCAUUGGAACACAUGCAUGAUGGAGGGAUGAUGAAUAUGACCUUCCACUUUGGCUAUAAGAAGGUGCCUUUGCUGUUUUCCGGGCUCGUCAUCAACUCAGCCAUAGAAAUGGCUGGUGCGUUUGUGGCCAUCUUCCUCCUGGCCAUGUUCUACGAGGGCCUGAAGAUUGCCCGCGAGAACCUCCUCCGGAAGUCACAAGUCAACAUCCGCUACAACUCCAUGCCAGUCCCAGGACCAAAUGGCACCGUCUUGAUGGAGACGCACAAAACAGUCGGGCAGCAGAUGGUGAGCUUCCCUCACCUCUUCCAGACUGUACUGCACAUUGUCCAGAUGGUGGUCAGCUACUUCCUCAUGCUCAUCUUCAUGACCUACAAUGGCUACCUCUGCAUUGCUGUGGCAGCAGGCGGAGGGACGGGCUACUUCCUCUUCAGCUGGAAGAAGGCUGUCGUGGUGGAUAUCACAGAGCAUUGCCAUUAAUGCCAGGCAAGGGGCCUGAGCUUUACCUGCAGCCUCUGGAGAGGACCAGGUUCGGCCUCAGGCUUACUGGAAACCAUGCCAAGAACAUCCUUGGGGUGCCCUCCCACCAACUUUCUGGGGGUGAUACCUGUGCCUCUCACUCCCCACCCCCAUUUUUCCUUACUUCCCAUGAAGGUGGGUCCUGACUGGUAGGAAGAGAGCCAAUAGCCAGCUAGGACAGCCUGCUUAGGAUGGUUGGGUUAUAUGCUAGAUACAAUUAGUGUGCUUGAUUUUUAUUCUGUUUUUAAG